AUGAAGGCAGAAACAGCUGGGGGCCGCGUGCUCCUCCUGCUGCUGCUGACCGCGGUGCUGACGGGAACCCGCGCUGAUCCUGUGCCCAGGGCGACCAGGCUCCCACCAGAUGCCAAGGAUUGCCACAGAGCCCGGUUCAAGUCUCUGUCCCCGCAAGUGCUGCAGGCCUUCAAGAAGGCCAAGGAUGCCAUAGAGGAGUGGCUGCUCCAGAAGGAUGUCAGGUGCAGCUCCCGCCUCUUCCCCAGGGCCUGGGACCUGCAGCAGCUGCAGGUCCAGGAGCGCCCCAAGGCCUUGCAGGCUGAGCUGACCCUGACACUGAAGGUCCUAGAGAACAUGACUGACUCAGCCCUGGUCCCCAUCCUGGACCAGCCUCUUCACACCCUGCGCCACAUCCACUCACAGCUGCAGGCCUGUGUGCAGCCUGAGCCCACAGCAGAGCCCAGGCCUCUGAGCCGCCGCCUCUCACACUGGCUGCACAGGCUCCAGGAGGCCCGGAGGAGGGAGACCCCCGGCUGCCUGGAGGCCUCUGUCACUUUCAACCUCUUCCGCCUGCUCACCCGGGACCUGAAGUGUGUGGCGAGUGGAGAUCAGUGUGUCUGA